CCUAGCGGCGGUGUGGUGACGCAAGGCAAAGGCAAGGCCGGGAACUGCGCUUUUCGUCCGCAAACGCGUUCACCGCUGCGGCGCGCCGAUCCAACCGCGCGUGUCAUACGUACUAUACACCGCCGGCGGCAUGCGGCUUGCAAACAGCAGCCAUAUGUGGCGGGUCUCCCGCUGAGACCGAACGCGCGAUUGUGAAGCUCCGCGGCGCUGGAACGAGUUUAUUGGCCGCCGCGGCGUGGCUCGCCACACGCCGCUAUCGACGAUCGACUGUGACUGACUGCGCACCCGACAACCGCUUGGGAGGGUGAAACCUCCAUCGACGCCGCUUCCUGUGUGUGGUUAGUGCGAUCUGCGAGCCACGUGUGAUGCGAAGGUCCCUCUCCCUGGUCGACGGAAGACGACGCUCUCCGACACGCAGUUCUGAGACGAUUGACUCUGCUAUCAGCGCGGUGAGAACGGCUGUCGAUCGGCCGAUCGGCGUUCUUUCUCAACUAACCGUCCUUCAACAGUGUUUCGCGAGCUUCGUGUGACUCGUUGCGAACACCGAAACUCUAUGGCACCGAUGAGAACCCCAAAAGGACAUACGUCGUGGUGACCAACCAGCGCUCUCAGUGUACUACGCGAGAAACGAGCGGAAUACGAUACUGUUUGUUCGGCGCCCCAGUGUUCGCACUCCUUACCGCGUGAGUGAGGUAAAAAAAAAUAAUAAUUGCGGAACACAUCGGUGUCUUGUGAAAACGUUCCGGCGGAGGCCUGCACACCUGUCUUUGUGGUUCCCAGAUUACGCCGCCGUUACAAAGGGGGGUGUGCGCCGCGGUGAGACGGAUACACGCAUUCGAUCGUCGAAGCGGAGGAGGCAGGCGGAAGUGAAAGCUUUUGCAGCGCGCCGAUCGCACGUGGCUGGCGUCGGCAGCGGUGGCAAGUGUUGUGUUGCGUGACCCUCGAGCAUUGUGCUGGCUGGAUUUGGCCGCCGCUCGCUUCUUCGACCGGGGGCGGAAAAAAAGACAAAAAGAAAGACCGCUGCCGCACUUCGCGGCUUCCACGUUCCGGACUCGUUCGCUGCCUUCCCGUAUUACCUGGCGUCGUCGUCGUAGUCGGCACACCACCAUGACCAGUGGCCGGGUUUUCUCCUAACCGAUGCUCACGCUCAAGGUGGUGGUGGUCGGAAGCUGCGCCUGCGGGAAGACCACGCUGAUACGGACUUUCCUGCGCGAUGACGUCAGGGGCUCCGUGCCUGCGCCGACCGUCCAGGAAGUCUACGUCGGUCACAUGCAGCAGGACGGCAAGAAGGUCCGGCUGGUCAUCUGGGACACGGGCGACUCCGACCUGCUGUGCGACCCGCACCGGGCCUCGUGCUACGCGGAAGCCGACGUGGUGCUCGUCUGCUUCUCGGUGCGCGACAUCUUCGCCGGCAGCGAGGUGCCGACGCGCUGGGCGACCGAAGUGCGACACUUCAACCCCAACGUGCCCGUGCUGCUGGUCGCCACGCAAAUGGACCUUCGCGAGGACUCCGUGACCGUUCAGGAGCUGGCGCAGAUCAAGUGCCGUCCGUCGAGCGUCGCCGAAGGUCUGCAGCUGGCGCAGAAGAUCCAAGCGGCCCACUACGUCGAGUGCUCGGCGCUAGACCUUGCCAGCGUGCGCAAGGUCUUCGAGAGCGUGCUACACACCUGCCUCAGGACGACGCAAAGUCGACAGAAGAAGUCAAGGUGGAAGUGCUGCUGCUGACGUCAUCAUGCGUGGAACAAUUCCUCUGUAUCUAGUCACACGACACGUUGGGCCAAAGAAUCGAAACGGUGGCAUUUGGCUGCAGACAGGCUUUCAGCUACAUUCCAAUCGACGUUCACGUAUGCAUGCACGCGAUGCCGCUGCACGCCUUGCUGCAACCUGGAUGGGGGGGGAUGUGUACUCUUGCGAACGAUGUGCCUUUAUUUUGCAAGUGACCUGAUAUUUCUAGAGGAGAUAUUUUAAACAUAUCUUUGACAGGAAAGUCUAUUUAUAGCCUAUAGAGCACGUUCUGUUGCGGCAUGUUCUGCUUGCGAGAGUCGCCAAACGAUAUCAGCAGGGUACAAAGAUAGCGUUGUUUAUCGUUUGUUAGCGAUCGAAGGUGUGAUAUGCGAGCCAUGUGUGUUGUAGCGGUUACGAGAUUCACGACAGGUUCUCGCAGAUGACGUAAGCUUUCGCGUAAGAGAGAAGUUCUGAUAAGGAAGGGAUGUGAUAUGUAGUUAUACAAGUUUCGGGACCAAUUACGCGAGCUGACGAAGAGUUAAAUGACAAGACGCUUGCACGUUGAUGUUUUUAAAUGAGUGUUGUUCAUAAACAUGUAUUUAUGCCCAGACCA